AUGGGUUGCUGUUCAGAAAAUCCAUGCAAACCAACCGGCUGCCCACAAAACAAACUCAUUCCCGCCCGCCUCAGCGAUAACGCAACAGAAGCCGCGGUCUUCAUCGAGGACCAGCCAACAUCAACACCUGCGCCACCCCCGGUUCCGACAUCCAUACCGUUGCCGGUAGAGAGUAGAGACAAAGGUUUGCACCCCGGCGCUAUUGCCGGUAUAGUCAUCGGUGCACUCAUUCUCAUUGCCCUGAUCGUUCUGUUGUUCUGUUGGAAAAUGGGAUGGCGGUUACGAAACAAGGAAGAAGACAGCCGAGUUAUCGCAGACUUCCCUGCGACAUACGUCAACAAUGCCCUACCCGACAUGGGCGAGGCUCAAUCCCAGUACCAAAGCCAAAACCCCCAUCACAGCUUCAGCCCAGACCAUUUCUCACCUGAGGCUUACAACACCAAGAUCAUGCCCGGCCUGGCACCCAAGACAUCGACACGGUCGUCGAGGACAACCCAGACAGUAGUUCAAGAGGAAGAUGAUGGCCGUCAAGCUGAGGGAAGGGGCGAUCAGUACCUGUCUGGCAACACACUCGCACCCACCAUGGCCGCAGGCGGCGGUUUGUCCGUGAGAUCUGUCUCGCAACCCACGUCGCCAAUCACUUCCAACGCCAACGCCAACAGAGUCAGCAUGAUGAGCGCUGUUUCCGACGCGCAUGGCCAGUAUGCACGCGUAAACAACAUGCCGUUAGAUUCCCCCGAGCCGUCUCCGAGUUUCGGGCCGAUCCCAGAGACGGCAGGUGAGCAUCGGGAUCAGCGUCAGCAAUCACCACCACCACGGCCUCGGUCCAUGUCGCCAUCGCAGCAGUUCCAACAACCCUACUACGCAUCACGUCAGCAAUACCAAGCCGUCCCCAGUCUGCCACCCGUGGAAUUGCCAGACGUCGAGCCUGUCAACAGACCGAUGCAGGCGACUCAGCAGUGGCAACCCUAUCGGCCAAAAUGA